AUGACCAAUAUCGGUCAAAUAAAAAACUCACAAGUUUUAGUUGAACCUUCCCAGAGGUUCAGAGACUACAUUCAAAGUAUAAAAGUGAUAAGUGAUGACAUUCCUAUAGGAAUUCAGAAUAUAAUUUACAAAAACAAACCCAAAGACAAGCCUGUAGCGAAGCAACCCAAGCUGGAAUACCUUGUCACAGAGCAGGACAACAAAUUCAUUGAAUCUUUAAAAUUAAGCAAUGAAACAGAGAUUUUCAAUAAAGAUUAUUUAAAAAAGAAAAGUUCCUCGUCCACUGGCGUAAGAUUACUAUCCCUACAAGACCUUCAUUGGUUAUAUGCCCACAUACAAACACAAAACGAAAAUUUGGAUGAAAAAAUUUACUUGCAUGAACUUCUAGAAGGUUCAGAAAUAGUUUUACCGAAAAAUGAAGAAAUCCCAAGAAACGAAGAACUAGAAAAACGAUGUCAAAAACUUAAAGCAGAACAAGAAAACCGAGACUACCAAAAUAUGACCAAAAAUGUUGAUAAUUUUAGAAAAAGAUUACCAGAAGAUACCAUUGGAUACCAAAUGAAAAUGAUGAACACACAUUUGAUAGCAGUAUUCCAAUUUAUAGUUUCAGUAAUAACCGGUUUUGCUUUUGGAUUCAUAGGGAUUGAAUUAUUAAUUGGCACUUUGGAUUUUGGGUUUCGCCUCUUGCUGGGAAUCGUAUGUGCAUUAAUUAUUGCAUUGGCAGAACUUUAUUUUCUUGCAAAGAAACUUAAUGAAGAUUUGGAGUUUGAAACAAUGGCAAAAAAAGCACAGCCAAUUAGAGGAAUGGAUAAGAAAAAUCAAUAA